CACGUAGACAAAGUAACACAACACGACGACGAUCAGCAACACAAUGCUCUUAGCGGAAUGGAAGUUCCAACUGUUGGCAAUGGCUUUGCUGUUGGGCAUGGUCAGUGGCCAAGAGGAUAACGAGAAGAGUCACUCGACCUCAAUUGCCGGCAUGGUGGAACUGCUGAAGUUGGAAGAUCAGCUCGUUGAGAAUCUCAGUCAAUAUGCCGAUGAGCUGGAGCAGAAGUUGCGAACAGUGCGGGGUUUUGUAACCGGCAUGCGCAAAGAAAACCAGCUUGCGCUCAAUCAAACCGAGCACUAUUUGGCCAAUCCUUUGAAUGCCUUCUCACUCAUUCGACGCAUGCAACAGGAUUGGACACAUUGGCAGUAUUACAUGCAGCAAGAAGUGGGCUUAAAGCAGCUGAACUUUGUUAAAGAAAUGCAACAACUGUUGCCCACAAGUACAGAUCUCGAGGAGGCAGCUGCUUCCAUUUAUCGCAUACACUCCACGUAUGACAUGAAAGUCUCGGACAUAGUCAAAGGGCUGCUCAAUGGCAAGCAAUAUGCUGUCAGCUUAAAUGCUUUGGACUCCUAUGCCAUGGGCAAAUAUCUAUAUGAUCAGCAGAACUUUGGCUAUGCUUGUCAAUGGAUAUUCCAAGCCAUUGAAUGGCUUAAAAAUGGCAAACACAAGUUGCCUCUACCUUUGGCUUUGGAUCUCUCUGAAGUAUCACGGCUCUACGCAGAGUCACUGAUUCAAAUGAAUCGUUAUGCUGACGCUCUCAAUGUGAUCAAUUCUGCACUCAGUUUGAAAACUGAUAAAGUGAAACUGCUGCUACGCAAAUCGGAAGUGGAACACUUGAUAAGAACGCACCCCAAUAUAGCACCGAAGCCGCAGUUUGUGAAGCAAGUAGUGGGAGCUUAUGAACACGGUUGUCGUGGCCAUUUUCCAGUUAGAUCUCAGCUCCAUUGCGUUUACAACAGCACAAAUUCACCUUUCCUGCGGCUGGCGCCACUCAAAAUGGAGCUGGUUGGUUUGGAUCCCUAUAUGGUGCUAUAUCACGAUGUCAUUUCAGAUAAGGAAAUAAGUGAAUUGCAAAGUUUGGCUGUGCCGAGUCUGAAGCGUGCCACAGUCUUCCAACAGGCCACAGGUCGCAACACUGUGGUCAAAACACGCACCUCGAAAGUCACUUGGUUGGCAGAUGGUUUCAAUAAUUUAACUGGAGUGCUUAAUAGACGUGUCAUGGAUAUGACGGGCUUCAAUGUGGUGGGUUCUGAGAUGCUGCAGGUUAUGAAUUAUGGUCUUGGCGGACACUAUGACAAGCACUACGAUUACUUCAAUUCGAGUCUAGCUACAAAUCUGACCAAAAUGAAUGGCGAUCGCAUUGCUACAGUUCUGUUUUACCUGACGGACGUGGAGCAAGGCGGCGCUACGGUUUUCCCUAAUAUUCAAAAGGCGGUAUUCCCGACCAAAGGUGCAGCGAUUAUCUGGUAUAAUCUGAAGCAUGACGGCGAAGGUGACCAAAGAACUUUGCAUGCAGCCUGUCCAGUUAUUGUCGGCUCGAAAUGGGUCUGCAAUAAAUGGGUUCGCGAACGUCAGCAAGCAUUUAGAAGACCGUGUCUCACAACGCAAUAAAUCUCUUAAAAUAUAAUUUGUAAAUACAUAUAACAUAUACUCAAAAGGCAUUUUACUGUACUUAAUAGCUAAUAAAUAA